UGCUCAAGGCGGAGCGGAUUCGCCGCGGGACGCGGCGCUGCGGCGGUUGGAUUCCGGGCGGGCAGAGCGGCGCCGCGGGGAUGGAGCUGGCCCCGCUCAUCAGGAAACUCGGUCAUCAACUUGCAGAGAUAAGAGAACGAGCUCUCAAGAAUAUAUUGUGUAAAUUAGAUCAUAAUUUGAUUUCAUAUGCUGAUCUAGUCCAAGAAAAGUUGCUUUUUCUCCAUUUGCUGGAAUGGUUCAAUUUUCCUAUAGUUCCAAUGAAAGAGGAGAUACUAAAUUUGGUGAACAACUUGGUAAAGCAUCCGUCUGCUGUCCAGCAAUUGGUUGGGAUUGGUGCAGUGGAAUUCUUUUCUCAACUUCGUCAUAAUAUGGAUCCAAAUCUGCAGACUGUAAUUGAUGGGAUCCUAGAUGGGCUCUUCCUACUUCCUUCAGAAAUUCCUGCCAAUUAUCCAGCAGUGUCUUAUCAAGGUCAGCCCUUACCGUCAGACGACAAACUAGUUUUACCCCAAGAAGAAAUAGUCACUGGAUAUUUUCACCAAGGCAGAAGUAAUUUGCAACAGAUGGAAAUCCCUCCCAAAAGAUCAGUUGUAAAUCAGGCAGUGAAGUGUUUGAAGUUUUCCACAUUUCCUUGGUUAACACUGACCACAACGGAUAGACAUGUUCUUUCAUCAAAUGAAAGCUCUUUGAGAAGUAAUAACCACAGUUUAAUUUGGAGUACGUGUGAGCUUCUACAGGAUGUUAUUAUGCAAGAUUUCCCUGCUGAGAUUUUCCUUCAAAGACCAAAGAUUGUUCAGAGCCUUCUGUCUCUACUAAAGCUGGCUUUUGGAAAAUCUGGAAAACACCGCUUAGCCUUGCAGGCUGUGUCAUGCCUGCAACAGUUAUGUAUCUUCUUAAGAAAUAGGCUUAAUUUUCACAGAGAUCCAGGCUUUUUCUCCACUGACCAAGGUACAGCUUCUCAGAAUUCUUCUAUGUCUUAUGGCCAAGAAGCAAGAGGACCUUAUCAUUCCCAGAAUCCAUCACCUGGAAGUAGUAGCCCUCGACCAUCUGUGAUUGGACGUACAGGUCAGCGUCCCAGAGGUGAUGGCCAAGACUGGGAUGCAGCGUCUUCCAGUGGAAGCAGUACACAAGCUAGUGCAAACUCCAGAAUAUAUCUGCAGUCACCGCUGGAUGUAGGGCACAUUGACCUGCCAGACCUGGAAAGUGAGGAUACUUUAGAGUUACAGUUCCAACAGCUCAGCCUUCCUCAGUUCUGUGUGUCCACCCUGGAAUAUGCUGUACCUCUUCUAAGAACAGGCAAUAGUAGAGUGACAAUGCACAUUCUUGAAUUACUUGCUGAAGAUGUGCUUCUUAUUGGUGAUGCAGUAUCUGAAGAUGUUUGGGAGGACAACAGCCUCUUUGGGUUAGAGUUGAAAGAUAAGCUGCUUAUGGUCCUGGGUUCACUUGGAGAAACCAUAUCUUACCACAAAAGUAACAUCAGCUCAGAGCAGCCUGAGCUGAUGUUAGUGCACCACAGAAUGGCAUUUAUUAGCAUUUCACUUUUCAGCAUGCGACUGUUGCAAACGCUUCUCCCUGUAGAAAAGGCUAGCAAAGUGUUACCAGAGAGCUUGGUGACUGCUUUAUUUCUUCUUUCCGUGGACAUGCCCUUCUCCUUGGAAUAUCCAAGUAUUCAUGAAUCUGUUGCAGCCUAUUUGGAGCAGAUGAAUUCUGAGAACUACAGUAUUUAUAAACAAGCUGCAGAGGCUGUCUAUUCAAUUGACUGCACCUGUAACUUUAUGAUGGAUGUCCGUAAGGAGGGAGAAAAACAUUUCUUUGAAUUAGUGGAAUUGGCAGAUCAGGCCCUAAAUAGUCUUCCUUAUCAUCAGCACUUUCCAUUACUUCAGGAAAUCAUCCAUGUUUGCUUGAAUAUCUGGAAGUCUGCCCAGGCUAACCAAUUGCUGCAGGCAGAGAGUCAGAAGGUGCUUCUCCAUCUGUUGUCCCAUCCUCUGCUGAAUAUAAAAACUGAAGCUUACCAUUGCUGUCUGGAAAUUGUUAAGGAAUGUUUGGGUAUCCAUAAUGUCACAAAACCUGUGUCUUCUAUUUGUCAUGGAGUUCACUUUCUUCUUCAUCCAAAAGUUUUAUAUGAAAUCUGUACAUUUGGCCUCCAGGAGUCCCAAAAUGAGGUGAACUCUGCUGCCAAGGCCAUUCUCAUGUAUCUCCUGCAGGGGCGAUUGAUGAUGACAACACUGACCUGGAACAAGUUUAUUGAAGCCCUCUAUCCCAUCAUUCCAAUUUUACAGGGUUAUGCAGACACAGAAGAGACACUGGGUACCCACAUCCUGAGUCUAAGCAAAACAUCUUCUGACAAAGGAGAAGGGAUUCUCCCUAGAACUACUAGAUUAAGGGCUGCUCUACGACUUCUCUUCUCAAAAAAGCAGUUAGUCCGUUCUGUGGCACUGAAACAUCUAACAUUCCAUCUCAUGAAUGAAGAAGGGGCCAGCCUGAAGCGCCCUCUUUUGCAUGGUUGUGUUCUCUCCAGUGUUCCUAACUUGUUUAUUGUGGAAAGACCUAUUGAGCUGAAGUUGGAUGAUACAAAAGAGUCAAUUUUUAAGGAUGAGGCAGUGGAAAAACUGUAUGGUAUUCUUACUUCUGACACCAUUGACCUAGUUUUGAGAAAGUCUGCAGCAGAGCAGCUAGCUAUAAUUAUGCAAGAUGCCAAAAUGCAUGAUGUUGUGAAAAAACUGGGUUUGAUAGAUAAGUUAUUUGUUUACUUUACUGAAUGUGUACACCGGGAUGGCAAGAUCAUGGAAUGUAUUGUGUUGCCAUGUCUUACAGUUCUACGAAAACUUGUAUAUGCUGAUCCAAUUAUACGCCUGUCAUUAGCACAGCAGCCUUCUAUCCUGCUAACGUUAUUGAGAGUUUCCUUGAUAUUCCGAGAUGACUGUGCUGUUCUGACUGAAAGUGCAGCAUUGCUUUGUCUUCUGUUGUUUGAUGAAGUAGCAAGAAAAGAAAUCUGGGCCGAUGAUGUAUCCAGUAAUUGUUCUAACCUAACUGCCUUCAGCUUGCCUGUAGCUAUUGUUAGACGGUAUCACCUCCCAAUCAGAGUCACUGCUCAUCAUGCAGUUAGUCCUAACUCUGUUGUUUUGCUGUUAUCUUCUGACUGCUUGGCGUCAAAGCCUGUGUCAGACAUGCUUAAGAUGGCUUGGAAUCUGUCAUGGUACCAUGGGAUUGAUAACCUAUUGCAGCUGGUGAACUAUGAAACAGAAGCACAAGCAUUUUUAGACACAUUAAAGCUAUCCUCAGAGGACAUUCUUACAUUGAAGAUAACGCACACAACCGGUGGACUGCAGGAUUGUCUUAAUGCAGUAAUUCAAGCUGUGUCCCACAGGGAAGUUAGAGCUGCUGUGACUAGGAUGAGUUUUUAUAUUUUAAAUGACAGGCUGGCUUUAAAAUGUAGCACUGGCUCUUGCAGGACCACUUCAAAGGUCGUGGCUUGGCAAACAGCAUUCAACAGGUUUCUGCAAGUACUUCCAGCUUCUACAGAAGAUGAGAAGCUUCUGGCUGAUGUCUUAAGUUUUCUAAACAAGUUGCUUAGGGAACAGAGGAAGAGUUUGGAGGUAGAACAUCUAAAGUGGAUUCUGGAGGUACUGUUUAAACAUAAUUCAAGUUCACUGCUAGACCUUCUGGUGCGAUCUGAAUCCCAGGUGCAGGAUGAAACAGAUGACAUACAGACUGCUGUCAGGCAACAACUGCAGAAAGAACUGAUUGGUCUCUUUAACACGUUGCUACUCUGCUUCACAUCAGUUACUGACAGAAAGGGCUUGGAACUUACUGAUUGUGUCCGAACACAGCUGGCUCUGAAACUGCUACAGUGUUUACGGGUAACAGAUGCACCCCACUUUUAUGGAUUGCCUUCUUUGGAGAGAACAUUACGAGGAAUGGUCCAUGUCACUGCACACCCAGGAUGGAGUUCAUACUCUGCAACAACUGAGCCAUUCACAAUUUGUAUGAAAUAUUUGACAGGUCUUCUUGAGGUCAUCUCAUCUUUUUAUGUUGAAUGGGGAGGAAAUGCUAUGUCCUUCAUGGGCAAAGGCGUCACAAAGAGCACAGUGCUUUGCUUGCUUCACUUGUCCCAUGAAAUGAUGGCUCAAGCCAAAAAUAUGGACUGGGUGUCUCUCUGGUUCUUGCCUUAUGAUAAAAGUGAAGAGCAAGUUCCUUCUCGGCUUGGUCUGGCAUGGCUAGUUCCAUUAUGGGUAGAUAGAGAUCCUGAGGUAAGGUUCACCUCCCUUGGAAUCGGAUCAGCUCUUACAUCUCUUGAAUUAGGGUGCAUUGCUUUAGCAGAGAGCUGUCAGAACAUUUCAGGAGGGUUAUGGGGAACAGUGAUAAACAUUCUUCUGGACCAAUCAGAAUGUAGCAUGGUACGCAGAGAGGCUGCUUUUAUUCUUCAGAACCUUCUUGUAAUCCCAAUGCUAACUGAAGAAGUGAAAGAUUGUGCUUGGCAGGGGCCUUGUGUACAUGAUGAAGAGUCUGGUCUGUCUCAGAUAGGAAAACCUGCCCUUCAGGCUCUAUUAUAUCAUUGCCACUUCUAUGAACAUUUGAAUCAGAUGGUGAAGCACUGUUACCUAGGUCGAUACACAUUUGAUUUGAAUUGUUCCGUGGGAGAAAGCUGCAUGGCAGAGAAAAAUGGCAUAAAUGAUUUUGAUGACUCUGUUAAUCUUUGGAGAGUUCCAUCCAGUCAAAGCCAAUCUCCGAGUUCUCAGUCAACAUCUGAUACUAUGAUCUUUUCUGCAACGCCGUCAUUGAGGAGUGUUGAUGAGCUGCAGGCCCCUACCCUGCUAGCAUCAGCUUGUUUUGUCCCUGAAAUACCAGUUGACCGGCUUAUGGCUCAAGGUCAGAGUGACACAACCACAACAGCAUCUCCAAGUCCACAUGAUUCUCCCCAGACUGCUGUUCUGUCUAAUCAGUGUGCUCUAGUCACACCUCCUCUCCUGUCAGCUGUAUGCAGCCUGCUGGACAACUUGCUGGUGGUUGUUCCAAAGGACACUGGAAUUGCUCUUCGACAAGCACACUUACUAACACCGCUCAGUAGUCUUGUAAAUGCUAGGUUGGUUGAAAGAUGUAUGUUGGAAUUGAAAGCUCCUCUGCCUCAUCCAUGUCACGUUGAACAUACAAAAGUUCAGGUUUUAUUCCUACUUCAGUAUUUGUCUUCAGUGUCCAGGCUUCUACAGACAUGUUUAUUGGUAGAUACUCAGCUUGUGAUCCAGGAUGAGCUAAUGAAACCUCUUUUGGGAAAUACCUUAAUGAUCCUCUCCAUUCGCUCUCUGGAUGGCUUGGAUACUGAGUUAACAUCUGCGGUUCACCAAACAUGGACAGACUUGUUUAGCCUUCUGGCUAUACUGUUAAGGAAAAGUGGCCAAAUUGCUCUUCCAUCUGUGACAGCAGCUCUUGGAAAACAUUGGACUGCAAUAAUUGAUACAAUUUGUGACUGUGUGCAUCUGUCUACCAUAUGUCCCAGUUUAUAUAUGGCCAGUUUGCAAUUCCUCUCCAUUCUCUUGGCUGAAGAGGGGAAAAGGCAGCUCCAAGAUAAACAGAAUAUUUGCCCCAACCCAACAAUUACUUUUCUUCUAGAUGAAGCUGAAGGAAGUUUGGCAUCAGGAGCCAAACUUAAUGAAUUAAUAAUUCAGAGCUAUGAAGGAAAAUCCUCUAAAGAUGUGCGGAAACGAGUUGCUGCAGGUGCUUUACUGUCCCUGCUGGCUGUCAGUAAAAGUGCCCAGAAAUGUGCUUUGGAAGAUCGAAUAUAGUGGUUGGCAAUGUGGUUCGUUCUUGAGUUCUUCACUCGAUUCCAAACUUCCCUUCUCCCUGUGGGGAUGAUGCUCAGGAGUUACCUGAAGUGGAGUGCACUCAUGGGGACAGUACUCGAAGAAGAAGAAGAAGAAGAAGAAAAGAUUACUCACCCCCUGCUGUAACUAUGGUUCUCUGAGAUGUGUGUCCUUAUAGGUGCUCCAUUACCUGCUCUGCUUCAGAGUUUUCUUUGUGGGGCUUUGCAGUAGAGAAGGUACAGAGGGUGGUUCAUCCAUGCAGCCCUAUUCAGCCUCUGAGCAGGACAUGAGGCUGUGCAGUGUGCACCUCUAGGCUAGACAGACCACUAACGAAAAUCUCUGAAGGCAUAUGGGGCAUCUGUGCUUCUGAAUUGGAGUACCCAUAGGGGGAUACAUCUCAAAGAACCACAGUUACUGUCCAUGGUAAGUAACCUUUUAAUCAGAGAAUGGAGGCUUGUGUGUAGUUUUUCAAUAAUGUGAUUUAUUAGUGGAAUAUUAUACAUUUUAUAUUUAUUUUUAAUCUUCACAACUAUUCUGUGCAUGAGGUAAUUACAGGAUCUACUGCCCUAGUGAAUUUUAGAAUACAGUUUGAAUUACUACAACUGAUACAUAGAGAGACACAAAUAUUUCUCUUGCCCUAAAUUUCAAUUAAGAAUAUUUUAAAAUCUGUUUUUAUCUUGUUUCUUUGUAACUAUAUAUGUCACUGAGCAUUUAACUUAAAGUUUAGAAAACACAAAGGCUCUGUUUCUCAGUCUAAAGAUACCAUCUGUAUAAGAGUCUCAUUCCUGGUUUUUGGUUUCUUAGCAUGAGAUUGGUAGAUGCAUGAAGACCGUGAACCGAACAGAGCAUGAUCCUUGCUAGAAACAAUCCACAACUUUUGCCAGCUAUAAGUAUUGCCUUCUGAAUGUUCAUUCUUGACUGUAGGUAGCAAAAGAACUCCCUACAAGCUACUGUUCCAGAUCACAGUGACUUGACGUCCAUUAAGUAUACUUUCUUCAUCCCAGCUCUACCUGCUGGCCGGGUACAGUACACCAUACAUUUCUGAGACUUGGGCACAUAAGUGUACUUUUGUGGUGUUCCAAACCUGUCUUUCUCAGUGCUUUGACACCUAUUUUCCUCAGCAUUUAGAGUACUAAAAACAUUCAAACACUGCUGGUGUCUAACACCUGUUGUUUUUUUUCUUUUACCAGUGUCUCAGAGCUUUUGUGAUGUUCUCUGUGAAGACGCUGUGACUUUGUGCAUAUGGACAGUUGUAACACAUUGAGCACUCCAAGCAUACAAAUAAUAAUAAUAAUAAAUAAUAAUAAUGUACUGUCCUAAACUAGUUAAACUGUUGUCUUUUUUUUUCAUCUCAGAAGGACUGUAUUUUGUAGGUGGAUUCCUUUGUAUAGUCUGCUUAUUCUAAACUUGUGAAGGUCUUCUGGGAUGAAGAACACUUUGUAUAGUGUGUAUAUAUAAGACAUUACAUUCCCCACCCGUUGCUGUUAGGUCAUGUACAGUAGUUAACUUCCACUUUGUGAAAUUGCCUCAUAGAUCCCCACUUGCCUGACAAAUCCCAGAACUGUUAAAAAACAAUUAGCCUAGAAGGGGACACUAUGCCAUGAUGCAUGCACACAGAAGCAAAGAGAGUUUUAAAGGUGUACAACCCUAACUCCAUCAGUUCCUGGCUGUUUUUCAACUUGGUUAAUGGAUUUCUGACCCUCUUGUUCAUAACUUCGUAAUGUGAACUGGGUUUAGGUAUUGAACACAAAUUCAUGUUCUUGGGUACCAGCUGAAAUACCCUACCCACCUGAGUAUUUUGGGUAAAAAGGUUGGGUUACUUGUUUUUACUCUUACCUCAUUUCCAUCAUAUAGAGAGCCUUAAUUAUGUGGAAAGCACAAAGUUGAAGAGUUGAUUAGGAAACAAAAUUCCUUAUACUUUAAUUUACAAGUGAGGGGUUUUGGGUAUUUUUGAAUGUGAAUAGGCUUCUGAAUUGUAUGGAUUUUG